GAAAGACCUGCGUACGUUCGGAUCAGAUCUCACGACUCGAGAAACCGCCAUUUCAAAAACCUAUUCCUAGCACAAGAAUUGGUAGGCGGCACACAACCUAAACCGGGGUCCGCUGGAUCAGCGCCCCAGACUGCGAUUGGCAGCAAAAUGUCAAGUGGUGGUACUGCUACCAUCUGGACAGCCGAUUUCAGCUUGGGAGGACGCUAUCUAGCAGUUGCUGGCAAGGAUCGAUUCAUCAGAUUAUUCAAGGUCCUCACUACGGACGACGAACGAAUGGACCAGCAAAUGCAUGACAGCCAGCAAGUAUCAGCGUCAAAAAGCUAUCCAGCACCAGUAUUUCUGUCAAUUCCUAUCAAAGAGUUUAAGGGCCAUUCAGGGGAGAUUUUAACCUUAAGUUGGAGCAAGAACGACUUUUUACUCUCCGGUUCAACAGACAAAACUGUUCGUCUAUGGCAUCCAAGCCAACUAAACUGUCUUCGAGUAUUUCAGCAUAACAAGACUGUAACCUCGGUUUCAUUCCAUCCCACCGAUGACCGUUUCUUCCUUUCUGGAUCUUUUGAUGCUACGCUAAGACUUUGGGAUAUCCCAAGAACAUCAAUUAUCUACUCGCUACCCGUGGCAGAUAUUAUAACUGCUGUAGCUUUUGCACCGGACGGCAAAGUUGCGAUAUGCGGUACUUUCAACGGAACAUGCGUGUUUCUCAACACUGAGGGCCUCACGGAACGAAAUCGACUAUCUAUUAGGUUUUCAGAAACUAAUAGUAGUGCAUGCUUCAAAAUUACAGGCCUACAAACGUCAAAUCCUUCUGACAGUUUUGAAACACCUGGCCAAGCAAAAUUGAUGAUUACAGCAAAUGACUCACGGGUCCGCAUCUAUCGUCUUUCAGAUUAUGGUCUUGAAACCACACUCGAAGGAAUCAAAAACCAAUCGAGCCAAAUACACGCUCGUUUCAACGAUACUGGGGACUAUGCAAUAUGUGGCAGCGAGGGCGAUGAGGUUCACAUCUGGCACCUGGGCUCUGGUGAGCGUAAAGUACCUUAUGAGAGAUUUCAUACACACUCCGAGGUGGUCACAAACGCGAUUAUGGCUCCAAUUGCUACUCGACAGCUUGUGGAUCUCACAAAAGAUCCCAUCUAUGAGCUUUGCGAUUCUUGUGCCUCAGGAUCUGAUGAUUUAUGUAAAUCUACAAAUCAUGCAACACGCCUCUCGCAAACAUCUUUUGGAUCUUCAACGAAAGGGACGAAAUCUGCCACUGAUAGACAUCCUCAUGGUCACAUAAUUGUCACGACAGAUACCAUGGGAAAAAUAAAGGUGUAUCGUCAAGACUGCGCUUUUGUUAAGCGG